AUGGCCGCGCUUUCGACCAGCACGUUACUGCCCGUGGAGAAUAUGACGGACAUGGACAUGGGCAGGGGUAUGGGUAUGGGGGUGGGCAGGGACAUGUACCAAAUCGCGCCUAGCUUCGAUCCGAUCAAUAUCCCGGACACAAUUCGCCUACGGUCUGAACAGGAUUGCGACGAAGCAUUCCAGCUGCUGAUGUCAAUUUUACGACAGCCAGAACUCGGCGUUUUUAUUCGCCAUAUUGACAUCUUAAGAGACACGCAAUUUCACGGUCACUACAAGCCAACUCCAUACCAGCGGUAUAUCUCGGAGGAGGACGCCCUACUGUUAAGAUUGGCCAUUCGUAAUGCUGGAUGGUAUGGGGUGGAAGAAGAAAUGAUUUUCAAUAUGCUUCUACAAAGAAAUUUCGACCUCGAUUUUUCCAACGGCUUUCACUCGUCCAGAGCACGAGGUGGCCGACACACUCGCGGUUCACAUAUGAUCCAAGCUCUUGCAGCUCUUUUGAUGUCGGUUUCUCCCAACUUGGAGUCGCUAAAACUGCGCCCGAUGGGGCGAUAUAUGAGAGACGGUUAUCCACCACUACCGCUAGAACAAUUUCUUCUGCAUUGCACCAGCAUAUUUAAUUCCGUAUUUCUACAAAGAUUACAGCGUAUCGACCUACUUCACACCGACGAUGCCCUCGAUAAUGACCCAUUAUAUUUCAACCGUUACGACUUCUUAUAUCACAUGUCCCUCUUCCAUAAAUUGCCGUCGAUCGAACAUAUCCGCGUUGGCGGGAUGGAAAUUGACGAGAAUGGCCGCGAGGACUUUCCUCCGUUUACUUCCAACCUGCACCACAUUGAGCUAGUUCACUCCGUAUUGCCAACCAUGUUUCUCUGUUCGGUAAUUGCAUCUUCAAAAAGACUUCGAAAUUUCACACAUUCAGUAGGCGGUCGCGCUACCCUCGAUACGGGUACCUGGAACAUGGGUUUUCCGGCUAUUUUCCGGGCACUCCUCCUUCAUCGCGAGUCAUUGGAGUCACUUGAUCUUGACACUGAUUCAGAUUAUUCUCAUGACCUUGAGUAUGAGGAAUUUGAGGAAUAUAUGUCCAAUCCUGGAACAGAGAUGGACGAUGACGAGACGGAAGAGGACCGCCUGACUUUCAUGAACCAACAAUCGGUCGUUAAACUAAUCUUCCUGCAGACGGGCUGCCUUCGAAACUUCACUGCUCUUCGACGGCUCAGCAUCGGUGUACGGUGUCUCUUCCAGAUGGCAUACGGAAUCUCUAACGAUCCUCGCUCUCCACCAAUUCUCGCCGAUGUUCUUCCCCCGAAUUUGGAAUAUCUGUGUAUCCGCGGCUAUGAGCCUGGAAUCCAUGCCAUACAAGAUUCCCACAUGCAGGAUAUGUUUCAAAAGUUUGUUGCUGGACAAUUAGGCCCACUGAAAGAAAUUUACGGGUUAACUGAAUAUAUCCCAAAUUCAGCCACCGUGCACCUUGAUGAUGUUGAGAAACAUCCAGAGUUGGUAUGGAUAGAUGAUCGGGAUGCCAUUGUUUGA